UCUCAGCUUUUCUUUCUCCAAACUUCUCCUCCUCUUUCGUCUCUCCACCCCUCGGACCCUCAGGGGUGAGCUCUGGUUCAGCUCACGCUGCUAAUCUGAAUGCUGCAGAGCCGAGUCCUGCAGCGCUGAGUCCAGGUCAGCUCCGGAGCACUUCCCCCCAGAAGAGUUUCAGCUCAGGAAGUGAGCAUGUCUGAGGACAUGGAGCUGGAGAAGGAGCACAAAAGUUACUGCAUUCGGAAGAAGCAUGUAAUCAUCAUCUGUGUGACGGUGGUGGUGUGUAGUGUGGCAGUGGGCCUGGGGGUGGGCCUCAGCACUGACACCUCCUCUCCACAAGAUCCCACUCCCAGGCCCCCUGAGCCCCCUGAGCCCACUGAGCCCCCCCCACCUGGCAGAGGGCCCUGCAUGCCUUCCUCUGACUCCAGCGGGGACUGGAGAAACUUCCGUCUGCCCGACUACGUGAAGCCGGUCCACUACGACCUGCACAUUGAGCCGGACCUGGUUGCUGACACGUACACGGGAACCGUGGACAUUCAGCUGGAGGUGAGCAAACCCACCCGCCACUUGUGGCUGCACAUCAGGGAGACGUUCGUCCGCAGCACGCCCAGGCUGCGGAGGCUGGACGGCCGGGGCGGGGAGAGAGCGCUGUCCGUGAAAACCUGCUUCGAGUACCGGCCUGAGCAGUACGUUGUGGUGGAGGCCACGGAGACGCUGCCCGUCACCGGCCCGGGAGAGAUGUACGUCCUCAGCCUGGACUUCCAGGGCUGGCUCAACGGCUCUCUGGUGGGCUUCUACCGGGUCGUCUACACGGAGGGCGGGAUUUCCAAGAAGAUCGCUGCGACUGAUCACCAGCCUACAGAUGCACGCAAGUCCUUCCCCUGUUUUGACGAACCCAACAAGAAGGCCACCUACACAGUUUCCAUCACCCAUGAUGCAGACUACGGAGCGCUGUCCAACAUGCCCCUAGAGGGUGAUCCCGAGCAGCUGCCCGGCAACAGGCGGAAGACGUCCUUCCAAAAGUCCAUUCCCAUGAGCACCUACUUGGUUUGUUUUGCUGUGCACCAGUUUAAAUUUGUGGAAAGACAUUCUUCUCGUGGAAUUCCUCUAAGGAUCUACGCCCAGCCAAGUCAGUUAAAAACUGCAGAAUACGCAGCCAACACAACCAAGAUCAUCUUUGACCACUUUGAGGAAUAUUUCAACAUGUCCUACUCCAUCUUAAAACUGGAUAAGAUCGCCAUCCCUGACUUUGGUACCGGUGCCAUGGAGAACUGGGGCCUCAUCACCUACCGGGAGAACAACCUGCUGUACGACGAGAACGAGUCUUCCUCCUACAACAAGCAGCGAGUGGCCAGUGUCAUCGCCCACGAACUGGUUCACCAGUGGUUUGGGAACAUCGUCACCAUGGACUGGUGGGACGACCUCUGGCUCAGCGAGGGCUUUGCUAGUUUCUUCGAGUACAUCGGGGUGGAGGAGUCUGAACAAUCCUGGGGAAUGCGAGACAUCAUGAUCAUCGGCGACGUGCUUCCUGUCAUGGUGGACGACGCCCUCGUCUCUUCUCACCCAAUCAUCGUGGAUGUUUCCAGUCCAGCAGAAAUCACCUCUGUGUUUGACGCCAUCUCAUACAGCAAGGGGGCGUCUAUUCUCCGGAUGCUGGAACAGUGGAUGGGUAGAGACAUGUUCAGAGACGGCUGCCGGAAAUUCUUGAAGGACUACAAGUACGGCAAUGCCAAGACAGCCAACUUCUGGAGCUCCAUGGCUGACGUGAGCGAGCUGCCCAUCGCGGAGGUGAUGGACACGUGGACCAAACAGAUGGGUUACCCUGUGCUGCAUUUGUCCGUGUCAGACACACAAGCCAGUCUUACCCAAAGGCGUUUCCUCCUGGACCCCACAGCUGACCCCACCAAGCCCAUCUCACCUUUUGGCUACAAGUGGUGGAUUCCAAUGGAGUGGCACUCCAUUAACAGUAACAAGAACAUGUCCACAAUGUUUGACAAGAACAUCCCAGAGCAUGUCAUCAGUGGCUACUCCCCCUCGGUGGACGGGCUGCUGAAGAUCAACAAUGACCACUUGGGAUUCUACAGAGUUAACCACGAUGACCACAUGUGGACCACCAUCAGUCAGCAGCUCCAAACCAACCACCUGGAGUUCGAUGCAGCAGACCGGACGAGCUACAUCGAUGACAUAUUUGCUCUGGCCAGGGCCGACGUUGUGAAUUACGGGUACGCCUUCAAUGUCACCAUGUACCUGAAGAAUGAAAGCGACUACAUCGUGUGGGACCGUGUGGCUUCCUCCAUCACCUACGUCCGGGACAUGCUGUCCAACAAACCUGAGCUCUACCAAAAGUUCCAGGCACUGUUUCGGGAUCACGUGAAGACAAUCGCUACAAAACUGGGAUGGAGUGACACGGGAGAACAGAUCGAAAGGUUGCUGAGGGAGACUGUGCUCGGCAUCGCGUGUCAGAUGAGAGAUCAGGAUGCUCUGAACGAAGCUUCCCGCAUUUUUGACCAGUGGAUUGCUGGAACUAUCAGCAGUGUACCGGUGAACCUGAGGCUGCUCGUGUAUCAGUAUGGCAUGAAGAACUCGGGCAACGAAGCCAAGUGGAACAUAAUGUUCAAGAGGUACCAAGAAACAACUCUGGCUCAGGAGAAGGACAAGCUGCUGUCUGGGCUGGCGUCGGUGGAGGAUGUGGAUCUCCUCUUCAGGCUCCUGGAGGCAACCAAAGAUGAGUCUUUGGUGAGGAGUCAGGAUCUGUUCACCGUGGUGCGAUACGUGUCCUACAACCCAGUGGGCCAGAGCAUGGCCUGGGACUGGGCCACGCUGAACUGGGACUACCUGGUUGGCAGGUACACCAUAGAUGACCGCUAUCUUGGCCGCCUGCUGACUCAAAUCUCCACGACCUACAACACUAAGCUGCAGCUGUGGAAGAUGGAGCAUUUCUUCAGUCUAACGGCGGAUGCUGGUGCCGGGGCGAUGCCCAGGAAGCAGGCGCUGGAGACGGUGAGGAACAACAUUGAAUGGAUCAGUAGAAACGAAGCCGAGAUCCAAGCGUGGCUGCAGAACCACGUGGGCUGAAAAGAUGAUGCAGUGACACAGAAACAGAACCACCGUCUCUGCUGAGUCCUGAAACCUCCGACACAUUCAGGGUGAAGCGGCUGUUACCCCAUUCGUGAUCAGACUGAUUGAUUGACAGCAACAGAGACAUCAGCCAAAAACACCAACCUCACAACUGGAUAUUGUCACCAGCAACCUUUUCCUCCUUUCAUUUUUUCUCUGCUUCGUUCAGGCUUCUUAAAACGUAAUCUUGUUUUUCACUUUCAUCAAAGCAAUAUUGUAAAAUAUUAAAGGAAUUAACUUCUAAAGAAAAUCUGAAUAAUUGUUUCUUUCGGAGCGAUGCAUAAAAAUAUUUAUGAUGUUAAGAUUUGAGUUAAAUCAUUUUAAAUUGGGGGUGUUGGACCGUCUUUCCUGUGCUCGGAACUCGACGGAUCUCUCAGAUACGAUCAUUUUCUUCAGUUUCUUCAGUUUCGUUUCUGUACUUUGUGAAGGAAGACCACCAUCUGCAAACGUGCUCACAUAAUAGUGCACACGUGUGUUUGUAAUCGGCGCUUCCACGAGGACGCUCACUUGAAAAAAUAAAGUUUUCUUAAAAUGU